AUGCAACAAUCUUCUAUUGACGAACGCUCUCAAGACAGAGAUCCUAGCAAAUCUAGAGAUAUUAGAUCCGCCUCUCUGUCGCCCGAAAAUUUCAGGAGCCGGACCCUUACGCCUGCUAAAAAUCUCCCAUCCCCAAUACGACCGAAUAAUGAUUCAGCGCCCCUAGCUACCAUACCUGCUUAUAUCGUCGAUUCAGACGAACCAGCAACCACUGAUCGUGACAAUGGCGAUAGUGGCGACGAGCUCUCAGACUCAGGUUCCUCGACCCCCAAAGCCUCUCAACACCCCCAGAGUCUGACGAGUAUAUACCGUCCAUUUGACCGUCCCAAGCCCCCUCCAGGACGACAUCGACGUGGAAACCAAUCCGUCUCAUCAUCAAGCACACCAAAACCGGAGGUACACCAAGAACAAAAAGUCAUCGAUGACAUGAGCAACAUACUACAACUUGGAAAUGCCCGAAAUCAAGAAGAUCUAGGUUUCGGAGGAGACAUUAUCAGUGAACGAAGCCGGCAACUUACACCAGCACGGAGUUUGCGUCGUGAGGGACGGAAGGCGUGUGAUUAUUACGAUGAUGAUGAUUAUGAUGAGGAUAGUCAUGAGGAGGUGGUAAAGCUGAGAAAGGAAGGGGAAGAUGAUGCUAUCGGUAGGGACUUGGGCUCAGGAUUGGGAUUUAGGAAGCUGCUUGAGCGAUUUUGA